UGAGCUGGCUAUGUGGGUAUUUGGUGCAGGAUCCGGCGUGUUUUUAAUUUCCGUGUUUUCUAGAAUUCGUAAAAACGUGUUUUCCAGCCACUCUUGUUGUUCUUCGAUUGAUCUGCAAUAAAAGGCUUUCUGUUAUUAUCCACUAAAACACAAUAAAAAUGGGAAAAAAGUACAAACAAAAAGAGGCCCUCGGCAGUUUGGGGACCACCGGCAAAGAGAAUCACAAGUUAAACCUGAAAAAGGAUUUCAAAGCAAAAUCUAAAACAUUCGCCAAGGGCGGUGGUACUCCAGUCAUCAACACUCCAAAAACAGAACGGCCAGCUGCCAAGAUCAGCAAAAAAGCAGCACCGCAAGACUUCCCCGGAGCGGGCGCAGAAGCAAAACACAGCAAGAAGAAUACUCCAGUAACAGCAAAGCCCCCAGUGCCAUCCAACAGUUCCGUAAACGGCGGCAUCGAUCGAAUCGAUUCGCAAAAAGGUAAACCUAGCGGCAAGAAGAAUGGUAUCGAUCCUCGAAAUGAUGUGCCCCCGAAAAAGCGUCCCCGACCUGAACCCUUUUCUUCUUCCUCCGGCUGGAUUGUGGAGGAUAGUGAUGUUGCGCUGAGUUACAGCGAUUCUGAUGUGGAGACCACUACCGUUGCCAAAAAGCGGAAGAGCAACGGCGUAGCAGAUGAUGCAUACGGAAGCUGUAUUAAUGUCGAGUUAGCCAAGUUCACCGGAGAAGACAAUGAGUAUGAUGAAGAGACGGAUUACGAUUCGGAAGAUUACGAAUCGGAAGAUUACGAAUCGGAAGACUACGAUUCGGACGAUUACGUAUCGAUGGAAGGAUCCAGUUUCUCUGAUGAGCAAUCAGGUGAUGAUAAUAGCGAAGAAUGGACUGAUAUAGAGGAGGAUUAUGAUACUAGCUCCGAGGACAGUGUGCUCAAGCACUUGAAUCAGGAUUACGGGGAUGUAAGCGAAACCGAUGAGGACUAUGUUCCAUCGUCGGCCGAUGAAGAUCUCUAUAUACCGCGUGGUGCGGGUAAGGUGUACGAUUGCGAUGAUGACACGAUCGAGUUCAAUAAUGACGACCCACAAAUCAUUGAAUUGCCACCCGAUUAUGGAACACUAUCGAAUCAAGAGGAGGAGGAGGAGGAGGAGGAGGAGGAGGAUGAUGAUGAAGCAACGAUGGAAAGCGACGCUUCGGACAGCUGCCCUUCGCUGGUGCCCAUUUACAACGAAAAGGGAGAAUUGAUCGACGACGUGAAGCUGCUUCCCGGGAAGAGCGACCAGCAAGAGCCAGAGCCUGUGACAGAGCAGAAAGCGAGUUCGGAUGACGAUACAGUGGCAAUGGACGAAUCGGAUGAGGAAUCAAGGGAGGUUCUGGAAAACUACCGCUUCUAUGAUGCCGUCGAUCGUCGCAUGACGCUGGUUAUGAUGAAGAAACCACUUCAUCUGUACGGUCACGUAUCGGUGCAGGCACUGUUCGGGAGGGUGGAGAUCACGGGCUAUACACUUGAUAUGGCUGAAAAGCGCAUCGUUUAUGCUGCCCGCGGAUAUAAUGCCGUGAACCUAACACCAGUACCGGAACCGGUAGCAUUCCAGCGUCCAGCAUUCGAGGCGAUUCUGCAAAAGCUGAAAAGUCAAUUCACUCGACGCACGAUCGAUGAACUGCUGAAGCUGUUUAACCCCACGGACUACGUGCUGCUGCUCUUAGAAGCGGAACAAGAGAAACGAGAUACGGCACGGCUCGUACAUCGGUAUCUGGAGGAGUAUGAUCUUUUCCCAGCGUCCAACACUACGACAACGGCAUCAUUGCGAGCCACCGAGUACUGGUUGAACGUGCGGCUGCUGGAACCAAGGGCGGACGGUACGAGUAAACUGCCUCUCUUCCAGGCCAAUCCAUCCUGGGAUGAAGUGAUGCUCGCUACCGACAGCCGAUUGCUGGUGCUCGGUGGCAAGGGUGCAGGCAAAUCAACACUCUGUCAGUUCCUGAUCAACAAAUCACUCAAAAUGUUUGAGCGUAUAUUGUUAAUCGAUCUCGAUAUCGGGCAGCCGCUACUGACGGCGCCGGAAAUGAUCAGUGCGACGGUACUCGACGUACCGUUGCUAGGUGUUUCUAGCUUUGCUGCAGUGCAGCAACCCGUCCGUUGUCAGUUGUUUGGUAGCCUGAACGUAGUGACGAAUCCCAUCUUCUACAUCCAAAAUGUGCGCUCACUGCUGGAACACUGCGAAAACACACCGUCGCUACGGGGAUUUCCAUGGAUCAUCAACACGAUGGGCUACGUGAGCGGAUUCGGUGAAGAGCUGACGGCUGCCAUAAUGCGUCUCGUUCAGCCAACCGAUGUCAUACAGCUUACGAUACCGGGUGCACGUGAACGUGGGUCGGAAAACUAUCGCCAUCCUAUGACUGCGGAGUUCAUACAGGGCUAUAAGUUUAACAUUCUGCAGAAUGAGAUUGCCCCAAAGCUGAGUCAGGUGCUACGCUAUAAACAUUAUGCCUUCGAGGUGUGCUUCGAUGCACAGGUGAAUGCAUUGGCAGCACCGAAGCGUAGAAAUGUGUCGCUCAUGGUACAGCUGGUGAAGAUACUGGGCGAGGAGACAGAGUGUUUCACCGCCGUGCGUCCGAAUAGUGCAAAACUGGACGAUCUGGAGGUGUUGAUCACACGUGAUGGGUAUCAACCAACCAAAGAGAUGCUACCGAAUGUUGUCAACGCGACGCUGGUGUACUUAUGCGAAAAGCUGGAUCACGAGCAGUACAGCUGCCUCGGUGUUGGUAUCGUGCGAGCGGUGGAUGAUGUGCGCAAAGUUCACCUCAUCCAUCCAUUGACCCCGCAGCAGUUGGGCAGGGUGAAGGUGCUGGCACUUUGCCACACGAGCUUACCGAGCCAAAUAAGUCUUGAGCUGCAGCCAACCAUGCAGGGCACCAUUCCAUAUCUGCAAAAUGUGGGCAAAAAACAGACAUCACCAACACCACCACCAGCGUCUUCCUUGCCAGAAGAAGAAUUACCAUUACCUGGCCAUUAAUUUGUUAGUAUUUUUUCCGGAAACAUGUGCUUUUUUGUUGAAUUGUGACCCGGACGGGUGUACUCCGUUGAAGGAGUGAACGUAUUUAAGUGUUGAAAUCGUGAAAUAAAUCGUCUGGAGUUACCGUAUCUCCAGU